AUGCAAGUUCGGGCGUUGGCAUUGGUGUCGUCAUCGGCGAGCGAUGGCGCACAUGGUGCCUCCUACCAGAUUGGAAGCGAGAUCUUCGGGACAUCAGCUGGGCUGAAGCUGUCGGCUUCAAGCUCCUCGUACGCUUUCUCCUCUCACUCCCCUCCUCCCCCCAUCACCUCAAGGUCUAAGGAGACAACAAGGGUGUCGUCGACGGAUGGUGGAAUGGACGCAGCCGCAAUCAUCAGGUCAAUCUUGUCUUCCAGUGUUUACACUCCCUUCUUGGUGUUGCCGGCUCCUCCAUCCACACCAGGUAUGUCCCCAGCCAAAACAACCCAGCAGAUGCACCAUCCCGCGGCAUCUAUCCCAAGUCCCUUGCCCUUCUUCCCGCCAUCGAGAUUCCUCCCGAGCUACGCCCCUUCCUCGUCGACUUCAAUGCCCCCCCAACCUCGGCUGAGCGUCACCUCCUCCAGCAAGGUCAUUGCGUCGCUCCUCUCACCAAGACAUAUGUCGACAGGCCAACCGCAGAGCGUGCCUCACUCAACUUCGAACGCGACCGCCAGAGCGACGAGCUCCUCUGGCACGAUUCAUACUGGGGCGAAUAAUUGGUGUCUCAAUUGCAAGUCUUACUCCUUUAUCUUCCCCGCUGCGUCCUCAUUGCCUGGCGCGAGAGCGUCUCUGCUCAUGGUGACCCCCAUCCUCGUGGCGGCCGCUUGA